UAUUUCCAAACUGGUCCAAACCGAACCGGCCCCGUUCCUCGAAGUAUUAAGAGGACUCUCCUCUUUCACUCUCGCUUCGUUCUCGCGCAUCGCCUCUUCUCAAAUUCCCCGAUUCCCAGAUUUCGCAGUGAUCUUUGAAAAUGUCUCGUCGGUAUGAUAGCCGAACGACAAUCUUCUCCCCGGAGGGCCGUCUCUACCAGGUGGAGUAUGCGAUGGAGGCCAUCGGUAAUGCCGGAUCGGCAAUCGGCAUCUUGUCCACCGACGGUGUUGUGCUUGUCGGUGAGAAAAAGGUGACCUCUAAGCUCCUCCAAACCUCCAAAUCGACCGAAAAGAUGUACAAGAUUGACGACCACGUUGCCUGCGCCGUCGCUGGCAUCAUGUCCGACGCCAACAUCCUCAUCAACACAGCCCGUGUCCAGGCCCAGCGGUACACCUUUGCCUACCAAGAGCCUAUGCCCGUCGAACAACUUGUCCAAUCCCUUUGCGACACAAAACAGGGCUACACCCAAUUCGGUGGCCUCCGCCCCUUUGGCGUCUCCUUCUUGUUUGCUGGUUGGGACAAGAACUUUGGUUUCCAGCUUUAUAUGAGUGAUCCGAGUGGGAAUUAUGGUGGGUGGAAGGCGGGGGCGAUCGGGGCGAACAACCAGGCAGCGCAGUCUAUGCUGAAACAGGAUUACAAGGAGGAUAUCACGAGGGAGGAGGCGGUGGCGCUCGCGCUGAAGGUGCUGAGCAAGACGAUGGAUAGUACUAGCCUUACUGCAGAGAAGCUUGAGCUUGCGGAGGUCUUCUUGCUGCCAUCCGGGGAGGUUAAGUACCAGGUGUGCUCACCAGACGAUCUUGGUAAGUUGCUGGUGAAGGCUGGCGUGACCCAGCCUGCUACAGAGGCCUCUUGAAAUUUGGUACUGUUGCUUUACUGUUUUAAACAUUGGAGGCAGAAUUUCUUUUCAGUUGAAUUAUGAAUAUGCAUAAUACUGAUUGGAGAAAGGUAGCCUUAAUUUACUUUGUGAACAUUGCUCUCUCUAUCUUGAUAUGUUUGUGUUGGAUUUUAUUUAUUACUUGCAAUUUUGGUAACCAUGCAUGCUCUCAAAGCGUAAAUUCUUGCU